AUGGUUGACAAUCGAGUCUCCGUUAUGGAUGAGAGAAGCUUGAUCAUUGUUUCCAAUGGAAGCCAUCGACACUCACCCAGCAUGAACUACGUAGAUGGCAACUUUUCCUACGACAGGCCUCCUUGCGAAACGCUCAACCUCCUCCUCAUCAAAUUGGACGCCUCUUCAUUCAGCGUUGAAGUUGCUAAUGAAGCAACUGUUGCAGAACUCAAGCAGGCUAUGGAGGCGAUUUUCGCUCACUUGCCUCUGAAGGGCAAAAUAUUGUGGCCACUUGUUUGGCGGCAAUUUUGUUUAUCCUAUCAAGAACGAAAAUUAGUUACAGAAACGGAUUACCUUAGAGAUUAUGGAAUCAAGGAUGGUGACCAGCUUCAUUUUGUGCACCAUAUAUCUCACACUUGCAGUUGCCAGAGUAGGCAGUCAAAGAAACGAGGUUUCAAUUUGAAAAGACACAGGAGGCCAUCGUCUCACCAAGUGAAUAGAUAUCAACAGAAAGAACAUAACGAUGACGACGACAUUGGUUUGAAUGAUAUAGUCAUAGAGAAGGGGAAGAUCCAGAAUUCCAGUGCAGAGCACAAUCAAGGAGGAAAGAGCUGGCUAUCUGGCUUUUCGGAAGGACUAUUCUCACACAGCCGUCUGUUAGUUACGAUAAGAGCUAGAACUGAGGGCAUGAUUUGCUGCUCAACGAUGAUUCCAUCAGCCAGCCACUGCCACACAACCUCAGUAGCCAUGGCAAACAUGAUUAUGGCUUCCACUAAACCUUUGGUUCCAGUCUGCACUAAUUCUCGUUCCCCCACCACAUCCAAACUUCCCAUUCUCCAAAUUUCACUCCCCAAAGUCCCAAUCCUGAAACUGAAAUUCCCAAUUUCCAAGCCCCAGAUGCUGUCCCUCCUCGGGGGAAUAGCACCACUGGUCUUGGCCCGGCCCUCCCUCGCAGAAGAAAUGGAGAAAGCUGCACUCUUCGACUUCAACCUGACACUGCCAAUUAUAAUGGUGGAGUUUCUGCUGCUGAUGGUUGCUCUGGACAAGAUAUGGUUCACCCCACUAGGGAAAUUCAUGGACGAGAGGGACGCGGCUAUCAGGGAGAAGCUGAGCAGCGUGAAGGACACGUCGGAGGAGGUAAAGCAGUUGGAGGAGAAGGCGAAUGCCGUGAUGGCGGCUGCUCGGGCGGAGAUAGCGGCGGCGCUGAACGCGAUGAAGCUGGAGACGCAGGCUGAGGUGGAGCAGAAGAUUGCAGAGGGAAGGAAGAAAGUGGAGGCUGAGCUUCAGGAGGCUCUGGCUAACUUGGAGAGGCAAAAGGAAGAAACCAUCAAGGCCCUUGAUUCCCAGAUUGCAGAUCUUAGCCAGGAGAUUGUUAAAAAGGUUCUUCCUAUUGCUUAA